AAUUGAAAGUGAAUAGAAGCCUGUGAAACAAACAAUCAUGGUACCUUCGCCUGAAAGUAUUGAGCAAAAAAUUCAACAAGUUCGCUCGAUUAUAUUAGAGCAAUAUGAACAUAAUGAAGAACUUUACCAUGAAAAGGACAUCGAAUAUGUACGAACUGAUGACUGGGCUGUGGAACGAUUUAUUCGACGAGGAAAAACGGUAGAAAAAAGUUCACAGCUACUGGACAAUGUGCUCAAAUUCCGCCUUGAAAUGGAUAUGCCUGAAUUAAAAUGUACGUAUUUUCCCAGAGAAUUAUUCAAAAUUGGAUUCAUUUUCAAUGGUGGUUACGAUCGACAAGGCAAUGGUGUAGUUUUCCAACGUUGUCGUUUUUAUCGUAAAAUUAAAGAGCUUGAUCAAAGAAUUAAACAAUUUAUUUGCUUUCAAAUGGAGAUUAUGGAUAAAAAAACUUCAGGACGAGGUAUGGCCAUUAUUGUUGAUCUGAAAUCGAUUGGUCUGAAUAAUUUGGAUAUUGAUUACGCUUUAUGGGGCAUCACACAACUAAUCAGUUGCUGUCCGGCCGGUUUGAACUAUAUAAUGCUUUACAAUUUUUCCUGGAUUGUAGCAUCCAUUUGGAAUAAAUUGAAAAAAAUUAUUCCGGCUGAUAUUGAAAAAAUGUUUAAAUUUUGUAAUGAUGAUGAAAUUUUUCAAUAUAUUGACCGAGAUAAUGUACCUAAAUAUCUCGGUGGUAAUAGCUCAAUUGAUCCGCAUCAUGUACCCGAUGAAUGUUUAACGUUGCACGAUUAUGGUCAACAAUAUAAUUGGUCUGAAAAAGACGUUGAUCACGUAAUGAAAUUAUGGAAACCGUUUCUUGAUAAAGCUGAUGAAGAAAUAAGAAAAUUUGGUUAUUGAAUUGAUUUAUUUGUAUGUGUGUGUGUGU